AUGGAGUACGUGCUCACGCCCCUGGUCACCCGGGUGCUGCGCCAAUACGUGAAGCGCUCAGCAGAGGGGGCGGGCAGCGACCUCAAGGUGUCCUUCAGCCGCGGCAAUGUGCUCACCCUGCACAACCUGGAGCUCAACCUGGCGCCGCUGCUGGGAGGCGCCGCGUCCAUGGCGCACGUGCGCCGCGCCUUUGCCCGCCGCCUGUCCAUCACCAUCCCCUGGACGGCGCUGACCACGCAGCCCAUCCAGGCACGUGUGGUGCUGGAUACGGUGGAGUUGGUGCUGUCGGCAGCCGAGCAGCAGUCCACCGGACCCACCCCCGCGGCCUCCACAUCCGCGCUGGAUGGCGGCAGCAGCGAGCAGUCCCUGGCAGCAGCUGCGGCAGAUGAGCAGGCCGCCGUGUCAGCGGCUGCGGCAGCUGCGGCGAGCGGAGGGGGCGGCGGCUGGUUUGGCAGCACGCUUCAAUCGAUGGCGAUGCGGGCUGGACUGAAUGUGACAGUCAAGCUGACCAAUGUUGUUGCCAAGUGGGUGCAAGAGGGCGAGUUUGUGGCGGCGGUCACCUUCCAGCAGCUGCUGAUGCAGACGAGCGAGGACGACUUCCAGGAGGGCUUGCAGAACCCCGAUGCCUGGCUGAAGAAGGAGUGCAGCAUUCGGCAGCUGAGCAUUAGCCUUGACCAGCACCUGCUUGCCUCCGAUACUCCCAGAGCAGCGGCAGGCCCACCCAGUGCCACAUUUGCUCCUGCCGGCAGCCUGGCUGGCAGCGCCAGUGGCACGAGCCUGCAGCCCAACUCCCCCCCCGGCGGCGGCCUGUGGAAGGUUGGGAGCGGCAGCUUUGGCGGCGGGCCCACGGCCCACAGCUACCAGCCGCUGCUGCGCAUCUCCAGCAUCGGCGUCUCGGCGCUGCUACCCGCCUUUGCUUGGCUGGAGGGUGCUGACCUGGCGGGUGAUGCCUUCAACACAUCUGUGGAGGUUCGGGUGGCGCCCCUGCACGUGGCCAUCAAUGACCGCCAGAUACGCUGGGCAGGCAGCCUGGUAACGGUGAUGAAGGCAGCGGCAGCCGCCAAGGCGGCGGCGGCAGCCCGUGAGGAAGCAGCGGCAGCAGCGCAGGCGGCAACCGCGCUGGCGUCAGGGUCAGCCACGCCAAGCAAGCUUGUGCAGGCGCUUGGUGCAGCGGCGGGCACAGCCGAGGCGGCGGCAGCCGUGUCACCAGGCCCCUCGCCGCGCGCUGCGGCAGUGGCCGCUCGCCCCCAGGCCAAGGCGCUGGGCAUGUUUGGCCGGGUCUGGGACUUCCUGAUUGACGAGGCAGCGUAUGUGGAGGCGGCCGAAGGCGCCUCGCCCUUGGGUGGCACGCCGCGCAGCAAGGUGGCGAGCAGCCUCCCAGGCAGCGGCCGCCCAGGCGCGUCGCCGCUGCCGGCGGCCGGGCAGCCGCCCAGCGUGCCCAUGUAUGCAGAGCUUCAGGUGGUGGUGGAGCAGGUGCAUGCGGUGCUGGGGGUGGUGGAGGACCGGCCGCAGCAGCACCACUACCCGCAGCAGCAGCAGCAGCAGCAGGCGCCACAGACGGCAGCCCUGGCUCCAGACCUGGCCGCCACUCUGGAGCAGCUGCGGCAGGCCACAGCUCGCAACUCGAAGGAAGAGGCCGCGGCACUGCAGCGCCAGCUGGCGGCCGCGCUGGCGGCGGCAGACGCGGCGGAGCCUGGCGGAGCGGCGGGGCAGCGGGGUGCGGGGCACCAGGCUGCCUUCGAGGUGCACCAGUUUGCCGAGCUGCGGCUGCAGCACCUCAAGUUGGCUGUGGCCUCUGUGGAUGCCAGCAUCUCCGGUGCGGCAGUGGAGGUGCUGCAUUGCAGCCUGCGGCGCAGCUUGGCGGCGGCCGCGCUUGUGUCGCAGCUGCUGGCGGCGCCUGGCACGGCAGCAGGCGUCGAGGCAGCGCCGGCUCGUACCGGCAUGGCCAAGUCGCGGAGCGCGGCCAGCCUGCAGCGCUUGGAAGCGGACAGGCAGGCGCUGGCGGCUGCCGCCUCGGUCGCCGGCUCCAGCAGCUGGGUGGAGGUGGUGGCGCUGGAGGGGGAGCAACAGGAGCAGGCCACGCCGCCGCCCUCGCCCGGGCAGCAGGAGGUGGCGCGGGCGGCUGUCAGCGUGCACUAUUACGACACCACCGCUGCGCCGCGUGGCCAGGCCCGCAGCAGUGGCUUCCCCGGCAGCAGCAAGCCGCAGGGUGCAGCCCUGCGCUGCUCUGUCACGGUGGGCCGCCUGCUGCUGGCACACGCCCCUGGCUUGCUCACCAACCUGCUGCUGCUGGCUGGCCAGUACUCGGCAGGCGGCGGGCCUGCUGUCGCCCCAUCUGCCUCUGGUGUCAUGCUGGGAAGCAGCGACAGCCUGUGCGCGCCAGGUGACGGCGGUACAAGCAAGGCAGGCAGCCCGGCAAACCCGGCUGCGUCAGCUGGCUCGCUGGACUGGCAGGCAACAGAGAGUGCAGACGCUGCCAGCAGCAGCCCGUCCCUGCUGGCGCAGGCGCUGCAGCCGCAGCUGGUGCUGAGCUGCCGGGUGGCGCAGGUUGAGGUGGCGGCGCUUUCCUCCCAGGCCUCUGAGGCCGCCGCCGUGCUGCUGCUGCUGCGCGAGCUGGAGCUGCGCAGCGGGCCACUCAACUGGGAGGCGCCCUGGAACAACCACCUGCGGCACGCGCUGCUGGCGCCCACGCACGGCUUUGCUGGGCACGGCCUGCGCCUGGGCCUGGGCGGCGCCAUGCUGGCGGUCGCUGACUCAGCAUCCGCUGCCGAAGCGCAGGGCAUGGGCGACUGCAGCGGCUUGUGGCAGCUGCGGCAUGCCAGCGGAGUGAGCAGCAGGGUGCACCUUGAUGCGGUGGUGGCGACGGAGCCACCUCCGGGCCCUGCCAGCAGCGCCGGCGACAGCGGCGGCGGCAGCAGCGACACAGGCAGGCUGGUGGUGUCCGCAGCCCUGGCGCCCCUGAACAUCCACCUGUCGGGGCAGCAGGCAGCAGCCCUGGCAGCCGUCGUGGAUGCCGUGGCAACCGAGGCGGAGCACCAGUACCAGACGCCGCUACUGCUGCAGGAGGUGGAGCCGGCGGAGCAGGCAGGCGCCGCCCCUGCUGCCGCCUGGCUCUCCAGCUGCACCCUGGCCGUGGAUAGCGGCAUGCAGCUGGCAUACGUGGCAGCCGGCGGCCUGCAGCGGUGGCGGGGCCCGCAAGGGGCGGGCAUCGCAGCGGCUCCUGCCGCCGCAGAUGGCUGCCGCAGCGGCAGCGGCGGCGCAGACGCCACCACACAUCUGUACGUUGCCCUGGGAGGCAUCACGGCGGCAGUGACUGCCAGCCCAGCAGCGGCAGGCGCGCAUGGGCAGCGGCGCCUGGUGUUGCAGGCACAGCUGGUGCAGCCACAUGCGUGGGUGCUGCCCUCGCUGGCGGUGCAGGUGCCAGCCGCCGAGGCUCGCUUAGGGCUGGCAUCAGCAGACCACAGCAGCACUGUGCUGCUGGCCGAGCCGCUGCUCCUCCUGGCGGGUGCCUGCUACGGCCGGCAGCAGGAGCACAGCACCGUGCAGCUGAGCAGCGUGUCGGUGUCUGUGGGAGCCGCCGACUACCCGCUGCUUGCCAGCCUGGUGCGUUGCUGGCGGCAGCAGCCCGCGCUGCCGCCCCGCCCCACUCUUUGCCCAGCCGCAGCUUUGUUGGGAGCGGCGGAGCAGCCAGUGCAGCAGCAGGCAGCACGAGCGGCAGCAGCGCCACAGGCGGCAGGAGCAACAGAAGGGGAGGUGGACAAGGGGCAGGCUGUUCAGAGCGGGCUUGUUGUGCGGAUCGACGCUGCCAGCCUCACCGUCUGGGCCCAGCCUCUGCAGCAGCAGCAGGGCAGCAAUGAGCAGGUGCAGCAGCACGGAGUUGCAGUGUGGCUCAGCCAGCUGCAGCUGAGCAAGCAGCAGGCCGAGGGCGGCGGCAAUGGGAGCAGCAGCGAGGUGACUCUGGUCGCAGCGCAUGCUGCGCUGGUGCGGCAACGGCAGCCUGGAAGCAGUGGAGAUCCAAGCAGCGGCCCUCUUGAAUUCUCUCCAGUGCUGAGUUUCCCGGCUACUGUGGAGCGGCAGCAGGCGCAGGAGCAGGAGCAUGAGGAGCAGUGGCGGCAGCCGGCCCUGAUGCUGACUUGGAGCAGCAGCCAGAUCAGCCUGGGUGGCAGCCUUACCCUAAGCCCCAGCAAGGGCCCCAGCAGCGGGGGCAGCCGCCUGCAGCUGCACGCGAUGCCCAUCAGCCUGACAUUCAGCCGCGACCUCGUUGCGGCUGUGGGCACCAUUGUUUCAGAUCUUGGCGGCUCUGAGGAGGGCCAGGAGGAGGAGGAGCGGCAGCAGCAGCAGCAGCAGGUGCCCUCUGUGGCAGCACACCCGCCAGAGGAGGAGCCCGAGCCGCUGCAGGGCAAGGCAGCCCUGCAGGGCGUGCGUGUCGUGCUGCUGGAGGCGGCCCGCUGGGAGGAUGAGCAGCGGGAGGAGGAGGCGACGGUGGGGGAGCCUUGGCGCCGCCGCCGCCGCUUCGACAGGCCCGCGGCGGCGGGCGUGGCGGCGGUGGAGGUUGAGAUUGAGGAGGCGGUGCUGCUGCUGCAGCAGGUGCCUGCCGCCGAGAACCGGCCGUGGCUGGCGGGCAGCAGGGCGGCAGCGGCGCUGAUCACCCUGGCAGAUGCCUCACUGAUUGGGGCAGCCAUCACUGUGUGGCAUGCGGGCGCCGAGGGUGCCGAUACCACGGCGGUGCUGCCGCCCACCGACGGCCGCCUGCAGCUGCUGCUGCAGCCGCACACGGGUGCCGUGGGCGUCGCGGCCCACGUGCAGCUGCUGCCUCUGCAGGUGUCCCUGCCAGCGGUGGCUGCCAUAUCCGCCGUCGUCGCCUCCCUGAGCCGGGACGACAGCAAGCAGCAGCAGCAGCAGCACGCGGCGGCACGCACCACUGUCGUCGCGUCGCCCAGGCCUCCCUCGCCCUCGGCAGCUGCAGUGGCGGCCGCUGCCACAGUGAUCAUCGAAGAUGCCUCUGCCACUCUGGGGCUGCACAGCCACCCACCUGCUGGUGGUGCCACCACGGCAGCGACGCUGGGCGCCCAGCCAACAUCCGCAGCAUGGGCCGGCGGCAGCGUGCCCUCAGGCCGCGGCGCUGGUGGAGGGGAGGCCCAGCAGCAGCCCACCGACGACCUGGCGGCUGCGCUCUUCACGUUUGUGCACAGCAGCGGCGACAGCAGCAGCCGGCCCGCGCCGCUGCAAGUGCAGACGCUCAGCAGCGGCAGCGCUGAGCAGCGUGGUGGCAAUGGCAGGGCGGCGGGGCUGGGGGCCCGGCUGUGGGGCACCGCGGCGGGCAGUGGCGGCAGGCAGGAGGUGCAGGCUGGGCAGCAGCUUCGCCGGCAGGGCAUUCGGUGGUGCUACCCGCAGGCACGGGAGGUAGCGCUGCUAGUCAUAGAGGACGCCCCGCCGGCCCUGCUGGCAGCAUCCUUCCAGCUCAGCUACUUCUCGGCGGCGCAGGAGGGCUAUGUGGAGGUGCCGCUGCAGGCUGUCAUGCUAGACAGCAUCAGCGCUGCCGGCGGUACUGCCGGUGCCGUGAAGACGCUGCUGCUGAUUGGCGAGGAGGAGGAGGCGGCGGCGGCGGCGGAGUGGGAGGUGUGCUGGGAGCUGCCGGCGGCGGCCAGCGCGGCGGCGCCGACGGCGGCGGCCGUGCUGCGCCACCUGCGGGUCAACCCUCGGCCCUGCAGCGCCGCCGCCGCGGCGGCCGUGGCGGGCCUGGGGCGCCAGGUGCGGCUGCCGCCCCCUCUGGCGGCCUCGCUCACGGUGGUGCUGACGGCAGAGGGAGGCAGCCUGGCGCUGCUGGCCCCCGCGCCGCUGCUGCCGGUGCAGGGCCAGCACAAGCAGCAGCACCCGCACCACCAGCAGCACCAGCCCCACGCGGCAGCAGCAACGGCGGCGGCCCUGCUGGAUACGGUCGCGGUUCUGCACGCCGGCAGCUUGAAGGCGGCGGUACACACGUACCCGUCGGCGCCAGGUGGCAGCCAGCUGGCGGUGGACCUCAGCGCCACGCUGGCGCUGUGCCUGCCCGACAGCAGCAGCGCCACAGCCCCCGCAGGCACAGAGGGAGCCUCGGCGCCUGGCUGGGCGCUGAUCGAGCCCUUCGAGCUCGAUGCGGCAGUGGAGGUGAGCGGUGGGGGCAGUGGGGAUGGCACGCCUGCUCUGCACGAGCAGCUGUCUGAAGCGGAGGUGUUGGCGGCCGGGGAAGGCACCGCUGGGGAGCAGCAGCAGCUGGAGCAGCAGCUGGCGCUGCCGCUGUUCUGGCAGGGCCAGCAGGGCCAGGAGCUGCCGCUGCUGGCGGUGCGGCGGCCGCCACGGCGGCCGGGGCUGGCGGUGCUGCUGGCGGCGCAGGGGCACCCUCUGGUGGUCAAUGCCUCAGAGGGCGGCCUGGCGGAAGUGAACCGCCUGCUGGCUGUGCUGGCCAGCCCUGGCAGCGACAGCGGGGUCAGGAAUGGCGAAGCGACAGAAGGGAGCGGCGCACGCAAGGGGCAGGCAAGGGAGCAGGCGGCCGGGCAGGCGACCAGCGAGGCGGCGGCGGCGGCGACGGCGGCCGCGCCGCUGCUGCUGGUCAACAGCAGCGGGCUGGACUUGCGUGUGCGGCAGGAGGGCGCCGCCGGGCGCCAGCUGCUGCUGCGCCAGGGCCAGCGCCUGCCGCUGGUGUGGCCCGCGCCGCCGGCGCUGGUACCGGGCGCCACGCGCCGCCUGCAGCUGGCGGCGGCCGGCGCGGCAGAGGACGACCAAGCCGCCUGGAGCGCGCCUGUGGAUGCCAUGGCAGCAGGCGGCCACCCGCUGCUGCUCCCCGCAGCGGCAGGCCACGGAGGCAGCUGCGGCCUGGCAGUCCAGGUGCAGCCGUACAGCGGCAACAGCAGCAGCUGGGAGGUGGUGCUGCUGCCGGGCAUGCGGGCGGUGAACCACAUUGCUGUGCCGGUGCAUGUAGCGCUGGCUGCUGAGGGCGGCAGCGCCAGCGUGCAUGGCACGGCGCCGCCCCAUCCACCCAAGCCACAGCCGCUGGAGGUUGGCAGCGGCGGCAGCCUGAACCUGCCGGCACACAGCAGCGACGGCCUGCUGCGGCUGUGGCUGGGCAGCGGCGGCGCGGGCAGCGGGGGCGGCAGCGGCAGCGGCUGGUCGCAGGCGGUGCUGCUGCCGCAGCAAGCGGGGGCACAGCGGGACUACUCGGCGCCUGCUCAGAAGCAGGCUCCCAUGCUCAUGGUCCUGUUCAGCUCCCCGGCAGCCUCUGCCAGCGCCACGGCGGCGGGGCUGCUGCCGCCGGUCUCCGCGGCGGCGCAGCGGCAGUUGGGCGCGGUGCUGGCUCAGCUGCUGCCGCCAGAUGCGGCCACGGGGCAGGCCUCCAUCCAAUUCUGGCCCCCGCUGCUGCUGCACAACAGAAUGCCAUGCCCCGUACGCCUGCUGCUGCCGACAGUGCACCUGGCGUCCUCUCCACCCCAAGCCGGGCAGCAGCAGCAGCAGCAGCCGCAGCACCGGGCGGGGCUGGAGGAGGUGGUCCUGCCAGCUGGCGCCAGCCAGCAGCUGAUGGUACCGCUGCAGGGCGGCACCGUGGGCGCCCUGCUGGCACUGGAGGCGCCCGCGGGACCCGCGCUUGCUGCUGCCAACGGCAGCGCGCCAGGCAGCAGCAGCGGCGGCAGCAGCGGAGACACCCGCUCGGCCUCUGCUGUGGCUGGUAUCGGUGCCGGCCUGGCGGUGGUGGUGCCGCCCCUCAUUGCUGAGUCUGCGGAUCAGCAGUGGUUUGCCGGCAGCUCUCCCAGCAAGAAGGCGGCGGCGGCGGCGGCAGCAGCGGCGGCGCCCACUGAAGCGGUGUACAUUGCGCCGCCUGGGGAGUCCACAUGCCUGCACCUGCCCCUGCUGCUGGGCGGCGGCGACGGCGCUGCCGCCGAGGCAGCCGACGUGGGGCUGGCGUCCCCGGUGAAAGGCGGCACCAGCGGCCCAAUCGUGGUGGCUGGCGGCAGCGUCGUCAUGGCUGACUGCUUGCUGGUGACGCAGCAGCACACCGAGGGCCUGCCGCUGCUGCAGCUGCUGCUGCUGCCCGCGCUGGCGGUGCCAGGCGCUGCGACCGCGGAGGUCCCCGCCGGCGGCUCGCUGCCGCUGGGAGCUGGCAGCGGCGGCGUGGCGGAGGAGGCAGUGGUGCUGCUGCCUGUGGGCCUGGCCGCAGCCGACGCCGGCUCGCAGCCAGCAGGCGACAGCACGCCGUCAGGGCAGCAGCACCAGCGGCUGCUGCUGCGGUCGCAGCCAUUCAGCCUGAGCAGCGAGAACGAGGAGCCCAGUGACGGCAGCACGAGCAGCAGCAGCACACACCUGGUGCUAACCACCCCGCCUCCGCCACCAGCCCGCGGCGGCGGCCUAUGGCGCAGCAGCAGCAGCAGCAGUGCAGCGGCCGACGCCACCGGCGGCUGGGGCAAGCUGGAGUGUCGGCUGGGGGCGCGGGUGGCGGUGCAGCACUACCCAGUGGCAGGCGGUACCGCCUCUGCGACUGCCGUCACCGUGACUGUCACAGCCGGCUGCUUUGUCUCCAACCUCAGCGGCCUGCCUCUGGAGAUGCUGGUGGAGGGUGCCGCAGCGGAGGCGGAAGCCAGCCCAGCAGCAGCCGACGGCAGCGACGGUGCCCAGCAGCCCGCAGCAACAGGGUCGGCGCCAACGAUGCUCAUCUUGCCGCAUGCCAGCACCGCGCGCAGCCUGCCCUCCGGCGGCAGCAUCGGCGUCGUCGCAGAGGAGGCAGAUGGCGAGGUGGGCGCGGCGAGGCGCGGCGUGCCGCUGCCUCACACCGCCACUCUCCCGCUGGUGCGCCUGUGGCAGGCAGACGGCGCCGCCGGCAGCGGCAGCAGCGGCAGCAAGAAGCGCCGGCAGCCGGCCCAGCAGCAGAGGUCUUGGGGCUCCACCUCGGAUGUGCUUCGCUCCUUCAGCAGCGGCCUGCUGCCCUCUGGCCCGCACCAGUCGCAGCAGCAGGCGGGCAGCAGCCGGCCCGCGCUGCGCUUUGCGCUGACGCCCGCCGACCCCGCUGCGCCUGGCGCAGCGCAAGCGCAGCAGGCUGACUGGUCUGCAGCGCUGGAAGCCUUUGCAGCAGCGGGGCGGCAGCGGCUGUACCUGCAACAGCCGGCAGCGGCCCCGGCUGGCAGCUGCGACGACGAGGGGCAUUGCGAGGCCAGCAGCGUUGUCAUGCUGACCUAUCGCGUGCUGCUCAGCGGCGGCAGCUUCCAUCUGGUGCUGUUCAGGGACCGGCAGCCGCCGUUCGUCAUCAAGAACGCCACGGCGCAGGCGAUGGAUGUGGGCUUCUUCCCUCCCGCCGAGGCCGGCGCCGGCAGCGCCGCCUACGAGGCGCCUCAGUCCGCCAUCCGGGUGGGCCCUGGCCACAUGCUGGAAUGUGACUUCAACCCAGGCCGCGACGGCGGCGGCGACGGCGGCGGCGGCUCCCAGGCCGGCAUGCUGAGUGCCAAGAAGGGCAGCGGCGUGGGCGGAUGGGACGACGAGGAGGACGAGGACGCGUUCCUGGACUGCUUGCUGCAGGAGGAGCUGCGGACGGCAGGGCAGGAGAAGCAGCAGCCGCCCCCGUUGCUCAAGUUCCGGGCGGCGGGAGCCGCCGAGUGGCGGCACACCUGCGUGUUGCUGCCGGGCCUGCACCCCGCUUCGGUGGCAGAGGUCGGGGCUAGCGGCGAGAAGGCGGCGGCGCAGGCAACAGCGGCAGAAGCUGAUGUGGCGCCUGCUGAGCUGGCAGAGGUCCACAUCAGCAAGUGCUGCGCCACCACCCGCAUCCUGCUGCUGCCUGUGACCGAAGCGGCCGGCGCUGCGGCACCAGCCAAGGCAUCAGCGCCUGCAGGCGGCGCAGCCAUGGCCGAGGCCGGCGGCGAGGGCACUGAGGCUGGCAGCGCCGCUGCGGGGCAGCCGCAGCCGCUGUGGAUUGGCGUGGCGUGCCGCCAGCUGCAGCUGUGCCUGUGGGACGAUGAGCGGCAGCGCCUGCUCCCAGGCGCAGCUGGCGGCGGCGGCAACCGCAGCGGCGGUGCCGGCUCGGGUGCGCUGGGGCGAGAGCUCUUCAGCUUCUCGGCAGACAGCCUGGAGGUGGAGCUGUCGCAGCAGCUGCGCCUGGCACCAGGCGUGCAGGCAGUAGCGGCGGCAGGCGGCGGGCCGAUGCACCCCUGGCAGUGCCAGCCGCUGCUUGUGAUGGCGGCACGGCUGGCGGCCUCAGCGGUGCAACUGGAUUCUUUCCUCCCCGCCAGCGAGCAGCCCGUGCUGCUCACCUCCCUGCCCGACGACAGCGCCGCCGGCGGCCAGCGCGGCCGCGGCGGCCCGCCGCUGCAGCUGGCGCUGGUGGUGCACCACUGCCCGCCUGUCCCAGGCAGCGACGGCGGCGACAGCCCCGGCAUGAGCUUCCGCAACUGCUGGGUCCACGACCUGCUGAUCCGGGUGCCCACGCUGGCGGCAGCGGCCGACGACGCCCUGCUGCUCUUUUUGGACCGCGCCACCGCCCUGCUGUCCGCACCCAGCGGCGGCGACGGCGCGGCAGCCGGCGCCCCACCGGCCGUCGCGGGCGCGCCGGCGCGGGAGGGCCAGCAGGAGGCGGCCGCGCUGGUGCGGCAGGCGCUGGCGGCGGAGGCCGCGGGGGCGGCCGCCUCCCGGCUGUACACGGAGCAGGCGGUUGUGGAGUCUGUGCGGCUGCUGCUGGACGCCCACAUCACAGCAGGCACAGCGGGGGUUCCGGUGGCGGUGGACACACACCGAGCCCCCGUCACACUCUCCCGCAUCGCAGCCCACAGCGUGCUGUUCAGGCCGCACAUCCUGGUGCGGGGCCUGAUGGCGCAUGGCGUGGCGGAGGCGCUGCUGAAUGCGCCGCAGGUGCUGGGCUCGCUGUCGCUGCUGUUCAACCCCACCGGCCUGGUGCAGUCGGUGCGGGCGGGCGUGGGCGACCUCAUCGGCCUGCCGCUGGCCGCGCUUCAGAACCAGUCGCUGGGGCAGGCAAGCGGGGGGUGGUGGGGCCGGGGGGGGCGUUUCAUCAGCGGCGUGGGCCUGGGCUCCGUCUCACUGGUGAAGCACACCCUAGGCUGGACGCUGACCAGCAUCAGCGGCUUCUCCCAGGCCUUCUCCCGGGCUGUCGACUCCGCGGUGGCCAUCCGCAGCAGCGGCGGCGCCGCGCACCGCCCGCCGCCCUCCCACCUGGCCCACGGCUUCACCCAGGGCCUGGCCGGGCUGGCGGAGGGGGUGACUGCUGGGAUCACUGGGGUGGUGCGCGCCCCGAUGCAAGGAUACAGCAGCGGCAGCGGCGUGCUGGGGGGCAUCGGACGCGGCCUUCUUGGGGUGGUGGGGCUGCCCGUCAGCGGCGCCCUGGAGUUGGUGGGCGCUGUGAGCGCUGGGCUGGCCAGCUCGGCGGGCGUGGUGCACGUGCCGCAGCUGCGCCGCGGCGGCCGCCUGCUGCUCACCGCGACCGCCGGCGGCGGCGACGUGGCUCCCGUGCUGGCGACUGCCCGCCUGGUGCAGCACCCCGCGCUGCUGGGCCACAUGCUGCCGGCCGGCGGCGGCGGCUGCGGGGCCGCGGGGCUGGGCAGCGGCAUGGGCGGCGGGCUGGGCCGCUACCUGGCGCACGCCGCUCUGGAGUCGGCCACGGUGCUGCAGGGCGUGCAGGGCCUGCACGCCGCACGCUUUGCCGCCGGCUUUGCUCUGGACCGGCCCGUGCUGCUGGUCACUGCAGCGGCGGCGGUGCUGUUCAGCUGCGGCGGGCUGGAGGCCGUACUGGUGCUGCCGCUGGGGGCCACAGAGGCCGACGUGCGCUACUCCAGCCACGAGGUCAGCCUGUUCUCGAGGGAAGCAGCCCCGGUGGGGCGCCCCGACGCCGCCGCUCCCGCCGCCGUGCUGUGCCGCAUGAGCCGCGAGGCCUGGCUGCGCCUGGCCCCGCUGCUGCGGAGGGCGGGCGGCGCGUAG